AUGGCUUCUGUGACGUCCUUGGACAAGGACCUGCGCAAGAUGCGCCUCGAUAAAUACACGCCCGCGGCGGCCAGAGAGGCACAGGGAUGGAUCGAGUCCAUUCUUGGCGAGAAACUCUCUGGUUCGGACCUCCUCGACGGACUCAAAGACGGCGUUGCGCUGUGCCGACUCAUAAACAUGGCCGUCCCUCCCCCGGGCAUAAAGUUCAAGAAGUCGCCAAUGCCAUUCGUGCAGAUGGAAAACAUCUCUCACUUCCUCCGCGCUUGCCAGGCCCCGCCUUUCAACCUCCAGCAGCACGACACCUUCCUUACCGUCGACCUAUACGAGCAAAAGGAUCCCGCCCAGGUUCUGCAGUGCCUCGGCGCAUUCAGCAGGGCGGCCAACGCCCUUCGACCCAACCGCUUCCCCUCCGCCAUUGGGCCCAAGACACGCAUCGGCGCGAUGAGCCCGGAACGAAGCGGUCCCAAGUCCCCAACCCGACUCCGCGACAGGGGCACCUCCAUCACAAGCAACAGCUCCUCCGCACACGCAGGCGCCCGAUCAAUCGCGCCGCAUCGAACCGGUGACUCGACCGGACGAUUGAGCCCGACCAAGGGACACGCAAAUGCGGCACCGGGCGGAAGCUCUCCAGGCAACGUGACUUCGUGGAGCAAGCGUGAGCAGGAAGGCGCCACGUCGCCGGCCUGGAACAUUGCUCAGUACGGCUACUUGGGCGGCGCCAGCCAGGGCAACCUAGGCAUCGCAUUCGGAGGCCGGAGACAAAUCACGACGGCCGGCCCCGAGGUCCCCAGCCUGGCCGACAAGGAGCGUCGCCGCAGAGAGGAGGAAGAGGCGCAGCGGCUGCAGGCCGAGGAAGACGAGAAGCGACGAUUAGCGGAGGAGGAGGAGGCCAAGAAGGAAGAGGAGCGCAGGUGGCAGGAAGAGACGGAAAGGCAGCGGGCAGAGGAACGGAGGAAGGCGGAGGAGGAGAAGCGGCAAUGGGAAGAGCAAGAGCGGCAGUGGAAACUGGCCGAGCAGAAGCGGCGGCAGGAAGAACAAGAUGCCGAGGACCGACUCGAGGAGGAGAGACGACAAGCAAGAAGCAAGGGCGACAACAGGUUGCGGGGCCAGUUCCUCAGCCAGUACCAGGCUGAGCAAGCAGACGCCGGCGGCAGCCAGAGCAGUCGGAUCAAGGAGCUCGAGAGGGAGCUGGAACAGGCGAGGCAGCGGGAGGCAGAGUAUGAGCGAGAGAGACAAGAGCGCUUCUCAGGUGGCGGCAAGCCUGUCAGCGAGAUCACGCCGCCCAAGGCAAGGUCGGGGAGUCACCGACCGGCCGUCGCAUCGCCUGGAGCACCAGCGGCCUCGACGGCGCCUGUGGAGCCGGCACCACCAGCUGCCAGCGGCCCUCAGGGCUCGGGCCGGGAACCAGCUCGAUACGAGUCGUGGUCGAGGGGUGAUGAGCGCGAAGUCCUGAAAACAGCCUGGAGCCAGCACCAGCAGCAACAGUUGGAGGACACGCCGGAGCCCGAAGCGGUCUCUCCUUUGGCCUCCUCCAAGCCGCUCCCCGAUCCCACGGCGGCCUUCAAGGAACGAUCUCCUAACACGGGAAGCAGCCGUCCCCUCCCAGAUCCGAAAACGUACGCAGCCCCUCCCGCGAAGCAGCCGAACCGGACAGAUCGCCACCUCGCCGGCCACGCGCCGCCGUCGCAGCCUCCGCCUCACACGACGUACGCGUGGGAGCUCGGGGCCACCCAAGAGCGCGACGCAGAGGACCGCCGCCGCGUGCAGGACCAGGCCGCGACGAAAGCUGGCGGCUGGGCCUCCAAGUCCCUCCUCGAGCGCGAAAUGGAGAUGGAGCGCCAGCGUCAGCAAGAGUGGGAGGAGGCCCAGAAGGAGACGGCCAAGGCGACCCGGUCGGGCAGUGGCGUCGACGGCAUCGGUGGCGGCAUGGGCGGUCGCUGGGACGUUGGCCAGUGGGCCGGCUUCACAGGCGGCGACAGCCAGAAUAAAGGCGGCCAGGGUAUCGGCGCCGGACGAAGGCAGAUUGUUGGGCCGCGUCCGUUGCCGGAGCCUGGUAGGUGA